AUGGACGGAGGGAGAGAGAUUCUUAAUGAUAAUAUGAUUUUUCAACAACAAUUCCAAUCUCCUCAUUGGCACGACGUUAAGCCAUCAGAGAAGAAAGGGAUAAUGUUUGUGCAAAAUUUGGUAACUCUAAUUACGAAUGGAAUGGACAAGGGUAGGGAGGCUAGUAAAUUUAGGAGCCCAAACCCAAUCAAAAUCAAUAGUGGACUAUCAAAGUCUUUGCCUUUAACUUUUUCUAAGCCUACUGUUGUCUUCGUUCAGGCUAUAGGCAUUGUUUCUGAGAAUGCGAGCUUUAGGGAGUAA